AAUACACAGUUUCAGACGCUUCACGCGGGAGAGCGGCAUCAAAGCAGAAAGGGUGUAGAGAAGAAAUGGUGGCCAAAAGGAAGACCCCCGUCAAGUCCCGAAACCCAAAUCUCAUCCGUGGUAUAGGCAAGUAUUCCAGGUCUAAGAUGUACCACAAGCGUGGCCUUUGGGCCAUCAAGGCCAAACACGGCGGCGUUUUCCCUCGCCACGACCCCCAGCCUAAGCCCCCUGCUGCCGCCGAGAAGCCGCCCAAGUUUUACCCAGCUGACGAUGUCAAGAAGCCUCUUCUCAAUAAGCGCAAGCCUAAACCCACUAAGCUCAGAGCAAGCAUUACACAUGGGACGGUGUUGAUUUUGUUGGCUGGUAGAUUUAUGGGGAAGAGAGUUGUAUUUUUGAAGCAACUUCCUUCCGGGCUUCUUUUGGUCACUGGACCAUUCAAGAUCAAUGGUGUUCCUUUAAGGCGGGUGAACCAAUCCUAUGUCAUUGCGACUUCUACCAAGGUUGACAUCUCGGGAGUUAAUGUAGAGAAGUUUGAUGACAAGUACUUUUCCAAGGAAGUUGAGAAGAAGAAAAAGAAGGGUGAGGGAGAGUUCUUUGAAGCUGAAAAGGAGGAUAAGAAGAAGCUGCCAGAAGACAAGAAAGAAGACCAGAAAGCUGUCGAUACCUCUUUAAUAAAGUCUCUCGAGGGAGUCCCAGAUUUGAAAGCCUACCUUGCUGCAAGAUUUUCCUUGAAGUCUGGCAUGAAGCCUCAUGAACUUGUCUUCUAGAAGUAACUUGCAUUUAAGCAUAGCUGUUUUCCUUUGCUGUUCUUUUGUCUUUGAGUAUUAGUGGUUAUAUCGUAAUAUCAGUGUUGCCGGACCUAUAUAGGGAAACCAUCUUUUGUUUUUCUAAUACCAUCUUUUAAUAAGCAAGAACCCCAAGUUUCCA